UAAGUCAAAAAAGUUGAACUUUUGCGCCUUCAAAAAAUUUGAAAAGUUGAAGAAAGUUGAAUAUUUUGAAAACUUUCAAAGUUUGAAUAAUAAUUAUUACUAUAAUGCGAAGUAUUCGAUAAAUUCUAACGUAGUCUGUUACUGUAUCAUCUGCCUCAAGCUACAAUGACUGAAACCGACGAAUACUUCGAAUCAUAUUCAGAUCUCGAGGUCCAUAGAGUGAUGCUGAAUGAUACUCCUAGAAAUGAAGCGUACAGAAAUGCAAUUUUCUCAUCGAAUGAUUUGUUCGAUGGUAAAACAGUAUUGGAUGUUGGAACCGGCACCGCUAUCCUCUCCAUUCUGUGUGCUAAAGCUGGUGCUAGAAAAGUUUACGCUGUCGAUGCUAGUAACGUAGUUGAAAUCGCCAAAGAAACGGUGAAAGAAAAUGAAGUUCAACAUAUCGUCGAAGUAAUUCGUGGACGAAUCGAAGACAUAGAGUUACCCGAAAAAGUCGACAUAAUAAUAUCCGAAUGGAUGGGUUUCUAUUUACUCCACGAAGCUAUGCUAGACAGCGUAUUAGUCGCUAGAGAUAAAUUUUUAAAACCAGACGGGCUCAUGUUCCCCGAUAAAUGCGAACUUUUCGCAUCCAUAUGCUCGUUACCGUCCUUAUAUUCACGUUGGAAUAAUAUCUGUGAUAUCAAAAUGAACCAUUUCGCUUCACAUUUGCGAAAAUUAUACAACGGUAAACCAGAAGUAACCGAAUUACCUGCUCAAUGUUUACUAUCUGAUCCAAAAAUCCUGAUAUCAUUUUCUCUAAAAGAUGUACAAGUCGAAGAACUGAACGAAUUCAAAUGUAAAUUCUUCACUGUAUCAAAAUCCAACGAUAAAUGCCAAGGAAUCUGUAUCUGGUUCACAGUUACCUUUCCAUCGUCGAACGAAAAUGAAGUAGUACUCGAUACUUCACCUACGAGUCCUCUUACUCAUUGGAAACAAACCGUAUUAGUAAUGCAAGAAGAAAUCGAAUUAGAAGAGGGGCAAGCUUUCGUUGGAAUGUUGAAUUUGAAAAAAAGUCAACAAAAUAGUAGAUUUUACGACAUCGAAUUCGAAAUGCUAGAUUCCGAAGAAGAAGACCACCCUGUACCUUGUAAUUGUUAUUUUACCAGAUGUAAAAUUAUUAAUGCUCUUUCAGCCCAGUAUGACGAGCAAGAUGAAAUUGAAAUGGAUAACUGUGAAGAACAAGAUUAACUCAGUCUACGGUGUAUAGUUUAAUAUCCUAAUCCUAACCACAAGAUAUUUCGAAGGAAGUGAAUUUACAAUUUAUUCUUGAGAAACUUAUUGAAGAUCUGUAUUAUUAAAAAAAGGGGUUCUCUAAAUUUCAACAGGUGAGCAGUUCAGCGUUUUAAAAAAAACCAGUAGGAGUAGUUAGAUCAUGCGUUCGAACGUAUUUCUUCUUGUUUUAAAUCUGUUAUGUAAAUGAUGUAACGUUUAAUCAGCUUUUAUUACGAACAGUUUGGUAAGUAUAUCGAGAACGAAUUUUAUUCUAGAGAAGAGAAAGGGGAAACGAGAUAAAUCGAACUUACGAGAAUGAUAUUUUAAAAAGCUGUCAGAAGUAAACACUCGUUCUAGUACGUAGAAUGAAAUACUCUUUAGGUCUCGUUUCUUAACACGUUUUAGAAGUUAUCUCGUGAUAAAACAUUCUGUAAUACGAUUGCGGAAUAAUUUCCCUAGCUUGGAAAAGGUUACCGAAUUUUUCUAUCUCGAGAUGACUUUCUUAAUGCGAGUAUAAAUGUAACACCGUUGCGGUUACAGGCUCGAUAAGAUUCGUGUAUGAGAAUAAAAUACGUUAUUUUAUUGUUUUUCUCUCUUUUUACUCAUAAUUUAUAGAUAGUAUUCUCGUUAAAGUCAUAAAUUAUUAGAAUAAAACUGUCAAAUGUUAAA